CGGUUGCCCUGGGAAGCGAUGGGAACCUGACACCAAAGUCGAACCGAAGCGGCGGUUUCCCCAGGAGCUCUGUCACCAAUGGCCAUGUACGAAAUUUAUUCGCACCCCUCAUUAAUUCGUUACAAAACGAGCAUUUUCACCAAAGCCACGUUGUUCUUGUUGAUAGUUAUGGCGCUUACAUACAUCCCGCCGCUUUUGGUUGCCUACAGGAGUCAUGGUUUUUGGUUAAAAAUAAACACAUACGAAGAACAGCCAAAUGUUAGAUUCCAGUACCAAGUUUUGAUGAUUGUUGGAACUAGCACAAGUGGUGACUUUGUGGCUUGGAGCACGUUUGAGAACUUUAAUAAUCUGCAAGGGGACAAUCUUCGUUUCCCAUUAGUGACAGCUAUGGAAGAAGACCAAAAUCAGGAUGGGAAAAUGGAUCGUCUGAAUUUCCGCCUUGAGCUACCACUCCAAACAUCUGAGCAAGUGUACAGUGUACAAUUUAUUCUGACAUUUUCAUACCAGCUUUUUAGAAUGUCGACAUUUAUAAUGCAGUGUAUGGCAUAUACCUACUUCUCAUCCUCCAUAGCUGGGUCUCAGCUUAGUGUGAAUGGUGACUUAAAGCUACAUCAGCGAGAGCCACUUCGACACAAAGGUCUUGACACACGUUACAAUGUUUCAAUAUUUAAUGAUAACAGUCCAUUUGCUAGUGCCUUUGACCUGGCACAAAUCAUUUCAUCAUAUCAAGAUAGAAAUGUAACAACGAUAUUCACCAAUCAGUAUCCUGUGUGGACAGUAGGGAGAGCUGCUGAUGCCCCAUUUGUCUUUAAUGCUGUCAUCAGAUAUCCCGUGGAAGUAAUCACUUAUCGACCUGGUUUCUGGGAAAUGAUUAAGAUUGCUUGGAUUCAGUAUGUCAGCAUUCUCUUCAUUUUUCUCUGGGUUUUCAAGAAAAUCAAGCUUUUUGUUUUCCAAAAUCAUGUGUUAACUGCUGUAAUGGUACCACCAUAUAAACAGCAUCAAUCGUAGCCAACUACUAAAGGACUGUUUAUAAAACAUUACUGAAUUUAAAAUUACAGCAGCAAUUAAUAUGCAGCAACAUAAGAUUUGUCAGUACUAUACAUGAUAAGCUCAGUGUUUGUAGUAUUUAAGGGCUUGAAGUAUAUGAUUGGAUCCAUAUUUUGAACAGAGUUAUACAUAAUUGGCCUUAAUUAUGAUUAUAAAAUAUUAACUGCAAUAAAUAUUAUGGCAAUGUAUUCAUUUUUAUCAAUCAUUCAAUUGUUGUGAUCUUGGUAGAGACCAAUGAAUUGUUAAUAUGAAUUUUUAAUCCAAAAAUCUCAGGUAUUUACUAAAAUAAUAAAACCACAAGGUUCAUAAUUUAAAGCAAAAAUUACUGUGCAAAAUUCAAAGAGCAUGACCACUAAUAGCUACAGUCUACCUUAGGUAAUCAAUUGUGUUAACAAUGUUAAAGCAUACAAUUAACAUAGUUAUCUAAAGCAAGCUUAUUAAUUUCCUUCUCCAUCCAUUUGAUUUACACAGCUAAAAAUUCAAGUCAGAGACUUCUCAGAAAUUAAAAGAUUAACGACUUGGCAUAAGUAUACUUUGUAAGAUUCAGAAGGGCCCAACAUUUCUCUGUUUUUCUGCUUAAAUUUCAGCAAGAUCAUCCCUUUAAAAAUCCUUCAACCAUUUCAUGAUUCUGGACCUGAUUCAACAUAGUAAUCUCCAGCAUCCUGAGCACAGCCACCUUUGUUCAGCACUCUUCUGGUUCUAAUGCUCUUUACUUCUUGAAAUUUGCAUCCAGAACAGUUUUUGUCUAUCUCAUUUUCUCUCUGUUAGUUAAGUCAUUCAAUUAACAAGAAUUUUAAACUCUCAUAGUCAGUACACAGAAUUUAAUUCAAUUCUGCUGGAAAGAGAUUUUCCCUACUCUGUAGCCAACCUUAUAUUUAAUUCAAAAACCUGCUGGAAAUGGAAUCUACUUGCCCCUAUAGUUAACUCGUGGUUGAUGUUUCUGUUUCCUUGCUGUUUAUCUCACAGGCAGUUUGGCCCCAUGAUCAGUUAUUGGAAGCAACCCUAACCCUACUACAAUAAAUCACCGAGCAGAGAAAUUUACAUAAAAUAAUUCUUUUUUUUCAGUAGCAGUUGAACGUUGUUGGAGGGAGAAAUAUCAAGAUAAAUCUUGAGUCUUGUAUCUAGCAGCACAAGUCAGUCUUUAUUCAGAGCUCUUCACCAGUGCAGUGUGGGAAAGGUUCUUAGAAACAGAUUUCACUGAAUACUAUGCCUUUCUCAGCCAAUUUCAGCAUUUCACAUUACAAUCAUUACUUGCUACAUUGAUGUCAUUGUUAGCCACAUUCCCCUAACACAUCUAAUCCUGACAGCACGUGGUCUUUGAUGGACAACUCCAUGGAUAGCCCUAGGUCCUCCCAUGAUCUCAUGAGGUAAAAAUAAUGACUGCAGAUGCUGGAAACCAGAUUCUGGAUUAGUGGUGCUGGAAGAACACAGCAGUUCAGGCAGCAUCCGCGGAGUAGUAAAAUUGAUGUUUUGGGCAUCAAUUUUACUACUCCUGAUGAAGAGCUUUUGCCCGAAACGUCAAUUUUACUGCUCCUUGGAAUGCUGCCUGAACUGCUGUGUUCUUCCAGCACCACUAAUCCAGAACCAUGAUUUCAUGACGUUUACUAGAUAUGUCUAUCACAUAUGUUUGGAUCUUACAAUGUAUUUUGUUCAAUCAUAUUGCAAUAUUGAUAGUUAUACUUCUUCCUAGAUAAUUGC